CAACAGCCCAGAUCCCUGAAAAACAGUGUGUGGCUCAGGCAAAGUGGAGAGUCUGACACAGUUUUACUGUACAUGGACUAUUUUACUGCAUAGAUUUUUGCUUCCAGAGUGAAAAUGGUGGAUUAUGAAGUGACAGUUUUCACAGGCAGUCUCGACCAUGCCACUACUUAUAACGAUGUCUACAUUAAGCUGGUGGGCACAGAUGGAGAGAGCCACCGCACCCGGCUCAUAGACUACAAAGGGCCUUUAGCCUUCAUCAAAGGAGCAGUGUCUAGUUUUACUGUGUCCUGCUCUGUCUCCAUUGGAAAGCUGGUUCUGAUCGAGCUAGACAAACAGCGCUUCUCACUGUUCCCUGAAGAAGACUGGUUCCCUGCCAAGGUGGAGAUAACAUCCCCUGAGGGAGACACCUACACGGUCCCCAUCCACCGCUGGAUCACUGACAGUGAGGUGCAUCGCUUCAGAGAGGGAACAGCUCUGAGAGCCUUUGAAGACAACCACCAUCUGGGAAGGUACAGUCGGGAGAAAGAGCUAAAGUGGAGAAAGAAAGAGUAUCGCUGGGAAGUGUAUAAAGAGGGAAUACCACACUGCAUAAAGGCAAAAAACCCUUGUUCUCUGCCUCCUGAGGUCCGCUUCUCCUUCACCAAGACUAUACAGUUUGGCUUCACUGCAUUCACAGGGAUGAUUGAGCUGAAACUGGAAGGGUUGGCUAACUGCAAGAAGAAGUGGAAGGAUAUGCAUCAUCUUAAUCGGGCAUUCUGGCAUAAAACUCACAUGGCAGACUAUGUUCAGAAACAUUGGAAGGAGGAUGUGUUUUUUGGCUACCAGUAUCUAAACGGCAUCAACCCCAUGUUGAUCAGACGCUGUACGGCCCUGCCCAGUAACUUUCCUGUCACUGACAACAUGGUCUUCCUCCAUGGUCAGUCUAGCUUGGGAGAAGAAAUGAAGAAAGGCAACAUAUUCCUGGUUGACUACAAACUUUUGGAUGGAGUGAAACCAAAUGUCAUCAAUAGGAAGAAGCAGUACUUGAUGGCUCCCCUGGUCCUCUUGCACAAAACACCUCAAGAUCAGCUGAUGCCACUUGCUAUUCAGCUGAAGCAGACUCCAGCAGACGACAAUCCCAUCUUCUUUCCUACUGAUUCUGAGUACGACUGGUUGAUGGCCAAGAUCUUUGUGAGAAGUGCAGAUUUUAACAUACAUGAACUCAACGUUCACCUGCUGCGCACUCACCUGCUGGCUGAAGUGUUCACAGUGUCACUGCUGCGCAACGUGCCCAUGGUGCAUCCUCUGUACAAGCUCCUCAUACCUCACACUCGCUACACUCUGCAGAUCAACAUCAUGGCUCGACUGCUUCUGAUAUCUAAGACAGGAGUUUUCACAGAGUAUGCAGCAUCUGGUGGAGAGGGUAUGAUCACAAUCCUGAGGAGAUCCAUGUCCUCCAUGACCUACAGCUCCCUCUGUAUACCAGAUGACAUUGCUGAGCGUGGACUGGAGGAUGUGCCAAACUUCCACUACAGGGAUGAUGGACUCAGACUUUGGCAUAUCAUCAACAGGUUUGUGCAGGGAGUGCUCGGCUACUACUACAAGAAUGAUGCUGAGGUCAAGCAAGACUCCGAACUGCAGAAGUGGAUUUCGGACAUUUUUGUUCAUGGAUUCCUCUCCAAGAAAAGCACAGGAAUUCCUCAGAGCUUCACCUCUGUGGCUGAGUUGGUCAAGUUCGUCACCAUGGUGAUCUUCACCAGCUCAGCACAGCAUGCAGCCGUCAACUCUGGACAGUAUGACUUUGACGGCUGGAUGCCCAAUGCUCCCAGCUCCCUGCAACGACCUCCACCAACCAAAAAGGGGACAACAAAUGAGAACACGAUGCUGGACACAUUCCCUGACGUCAACACAACAGUUAAGGGAAUGGCCACCGUGUGGCUACUCAGCAAGCAGUCCACUGACUUUGUGCCUCUUGGCCAGUACCCAACACACCAUUUCACUGAGGAGACUCCCUGCAAGCUGAUGAAGGAAUUUCAAGAAAGGCUUGAAGGUUUCGAAGCUCACGUCAAAGCCAGAAAUGGAAAUCUUGGAGUCCCAUACACAUACUUGAAUCCAGUUGAGGUGGAAAAUAGUGUGUCCCUUUGAGUAUCAGAUGGUGUGAGCUCUUUGGCUCUUUGACAAAAGUUAGAAAGCAUCUGCAUGUUCUGUUUUGAACUGAUAACUGUACUUCUGCAUGUGAUGCUUUUUAUACAGCUGACUUGAUUUGUCUGUGGUAAAAAUGUGCUCCUUAAAUCCACAGUUUAAAACUUAUGUUGUUAAUUUAUAUUUUAGGGCCUUUAACAUAUGCUUUCCUCCAAAGUCACUUGCAGUAAUUCAUACACACACUGAUGGCAGUGGCUACCAUGCAUUGUGCUGACCAGCACAUCAGGAGCAGUUUGGGGUUCAGUAUCUUGCCCAAGGACACUCUGACAUGCAGACCAGGGGAAUCGAACCAACGGCCUUCCAAUAACAAGACGCUGGCUCUACCCCUGAGCCACAGCCUCUGUAACAGGGCAUCUAAUCAAACAAAAUGAAUGUAACUGACUAUAUUACUGGUGUGAAAGAUAGGCUUUUGAAGUAAACUGUGUCUCAUGAUAAAUUUCCGCAAUGAAGUUAAAUCAAUUGUGCUUUGCUAAAUUCACUAUAUGUUGUUAUAUGUAUCUAUAUGUACCUAUCACAUGGAAAAUACUAUGUUCAGUGCAGUAUGUCACCAGAAAAAGAGAUACUCCCACCAUGGUCCUGUGCUCCACGAGUCAGUUGUUUCUGUAAAUCACUGAGAUAGAAGCUCUUUAAUAAUAAUAAAGAAAUUAUUCAAACCA